AAGCCCGAUUCCAGGUGCAUACCUUUCACAGCCAGAGAGUUUAUGAACGGUGGCUGGGAGCAAACCUUUCAGGCUGGCAAGUCGAAGCCCGCUCCGCGUUUUCAGUUUACGCUCGGAUGCUGAGGAAGCUCAGGGCUGUUCCUGAGUGGAGCGGACCAUUUCCAUAACUCGGUUCGGAUCGGUGAUCUCCUGCGCGCCCAGUCGAAUUUCUAGUCGCAUCAGCCACAGAAUUGUGUCCUUUAUCUUUUCCGGUCCUGCUUGUAUCCGAAUUUCUUACCUUUCUGUUUUGAGCGAAAUGAAUUCGCAGCGGGCUAUCAGCAAAUGCGCCAUGCGGGCAUCGCAGUACAGCACCCGGUACUACAGCGCACCAGCGGCCAGUGGCAAGUGGCAGCCGGUCAGCGUAUACAAGGGCAGCCUUGGCAAAGCGGCGCGAGUGAUGAAGGUGGCCUCUGUCGCCUCUCUGGUGGGUGCGUCCGCAGCCAUCCCGUUCUUUUUCGGCGGUGACAGCGAUGUCCCGCAAACUGCGCGUACGAUCCUGGCCGUAACGACAAUGGGCAUGACCGGGUCGUCGACAGCCAUCGUCACGUGGGCACUGAAGCCAUAUAUCGUGAACAUGAGCAUCCUGCAGAGCGGCGAGGCAGAGGUUGGUCCUGACACGCCGCUGCUGGUCGAGACAAUGACGUUCUUGGGCCAGCCGCUGACACGUCUGGUGUUCCCGCACCAGCUGGCACCAGCUACGCUACCGCUGACGUCGUGGGUAUCGCGCGAGCCAACCGAGGCUGGGAGGCAGGUUGCGCAGGAGAUCCUGGCGGAAAUCAACCAGGGUCGGACGAAAGAUGUGGUUCAUUUGGCCAAGGCCGGCGAUGCUUUCUAUGCGCACACGCAGGGGCCGAUUUCGCAGAAGAUGCGGGAGAUUGUUGCUGCCUCGCCGUGCCAGGAGUAGCAUGUCAUGCAUAGUGCGUUAAUACAUGUUU